AUGUUGACCUCACGAGAAGGAUUCACGGUCGACGUGAUUGCCAGAUGGCUCCGAAAAUCAGUCCUCAAUCCAUACCUCUCGAUACCGCUUGCAACUGGACUGGCGGUGGUAUCAGCAAAAAAGAACGGAGCGGUCGGACUCUCAGACAUCAGAUUUGACACCGCUCAGCGCGUUGCGUUCCUCGCGGCUCUAGCAAGCUUCGUCUUGUCAACCACCGAGUAUCUCAACAAAUGGUCAGCAAACAACUGGACGACAGACCACACAUGGGAUUUUGACAAAGAAAUAAUUGUUGUCACCGGUGGCAGCAGCGGCAUCGGCCACAGUAUCAUCAAACACAUCUUGGCCAGAAACCCCCAGGCAACUAUCGUUGUUGUCGACCUGGCUCCGCUAUUAUGGGAGCCUCAGAAAGGUUCCAACAUCCACUUCUUCAAGUGUGAUCUGACCGACACAAAGGCGCUCAAGACUCUUUGCACGUCGAUCCGAACUCAAGUCGGCGAUCCUACCGUUCUCAUCAACAAUGCGGGAAUCGCACGGGGUUACAGCGUCAUGGAAGGCUCGUACGCAGACGUUGAGUUGACCAUCAAGACAAAUUUGCUCGCCCCCUUCCUGCUUACGAAGGAAUUUUUGCCGCACAUGGUUCGCACCAAUCAUGGCCAUAUCGUCAACGUCGGGUCGAUGAGUUCGGUGGUUCCCCCAGUGAGAAUUGCUGACUACUCUGCCACGAAGGCUGGGCUCACCGCAAUGCAUGAGUCACUUCAACUUGAGCUGAAAUACAUUCACAAAGCGCCCAAAGUUCGUCAAACGCUUGGAAUCUUUGGCUUCAUCCGAACGCCGCUGGUUCCCUUUGACCCCGGUCAGCCUCACUUCAUGAUGCCGCUCCUUCAUGUGGACUCGGUAGGAGAGGCCAUCGUGAAUUCCCUUUACAGUGGCUUCGGACGGACGAUCUAUCUGCCCGGUAUAAUGUCAUCUGUGACAGCCCUGUGUCAAUACAUAGGCCGAUUUGACAUGCGGAAAAUGUCGAAAACUUCGGAUACGCCUACCUACAGUCAGUUCGCGUGCGUGGGGACUGGGUUCUCGGCGAUCGGGCUGGGAGCUACGUUGAAAAGAUGGUACGGCAUAGGCGAUAUCAAAUUCUUUGAGCGGCACAGUGAUCUCGGAGGAACAUGGUUUAUCAACCAAUACCCAGGAUGUGCAUGCGACGUGCCCAGCGCAUUGUACAGCUUCUCGUUCGAGUCCAACCCAGACUGGAGUCGAGUACUGCCUCCGCAACAGGAGCUAUGGCAGUACCUCCACGAUGUGGCCCAGAAAUACUCGCUCAUAGAGAAGAUGAGGUUCGGCGUUAAUGUCGAGCAAUGCGUCUGGUCGGAAGAACGCAAACGCUGGAGGAUGAACAUCCGUCGCUACGAAACCAACCAAGUCUUCGCGCAUGAGUGUCAGUUCCUCUUCGCUGCCACAGGACAACUCAUGCAGCCGCGGGAGAUCGAUGUUCCCGGUUCAACAAGCUUCAAGGGUCGCAUCUUCCAUUCGUCCCGGUGGGAUCAAACCGUGGAUAUCCAGGACAAGAAAGUUGUUGUCAUUGGGAACGGGUGUACUGCAUCGCAAAUCGUACCGGCCAUUGUAGGCAAGACGAAGCACCUCACGCAAGCUAUCCGCACAAAGCACUGGGUCUUACCCCCCGUCGACAACGAGAAUACAGAGUUCAUGAAGAAUGUCUUGAGGCAUGUGCCAGGAACACAGACGCUGCAGAGAUUUCUGGUCUUCGCUGCGGCAGAAAACACAUUGCGAGGGUUUUACAUGACGAAUGAUGGGAAUAAGUAUCGCAAGCGUGCUAGAGCCAACGCUGAGAAGUACAUGAAGACAACGGCGCCGGCGAAGUAUCAUGACAAACUCAUACCUGACUUCGAACUCGGCUGCAAGAGACGAAUCUUCGACUCAGGUUACUUGAACAGCUUGCACUCGGAAAACCUCACUCUACAAGACGACCCGAUCCAAGAAAUUGUACCAGAGGGUAUUCGAACUCGGGAAGGCGUCACAGAGGCGGAUGUCAUCGUUUUGGCCAAUGGUUUCGUUACAAACAAUGCGGUUGGGGGCCUGGAUGUCAUUGGUCGAAAUGGAGAGCAGAUAGACCAGCAUUGGGAGUCGUUUGGUGGCCCAGAGGCCUACAAUUGCACGAUUGCAAGCGGUUUCCCAAACUUCUUUGUACUUCUUGGCCACACGUCCACCAUCAUCGCAGCGGAAAACUCCAUUAACUUUGCACUUCGCAUUAUCAAACCGGUGCUUGAUGGCAAGGGAAUGACUGUCGAAGUUACUAGAGAGGCAGAGCAGCAAUACGUCAGCCAGAUGCAGGCCGACAUGCAAAAGACUGUAUGGUCUACGGGAUGCACUAGCUGGUAUCUGAAGGACACAACGGACGGUAAGAAGUGGAAUGGCUCGACAUAUCCUUACUCUCAAGCGUACUUCUGGUAUCGCUGCUUGUUCCCCGACUUUGGUGACUUGGAAAUACGUGUAAGCAUGCGAGUGAGACGAGGUAACUUGGAACGGUAA